UCUGGCGGAACAUGGCGACCUCGGACUUAAAGGACCAGCGAGGCCAGGAGGAGUGUUUUCUGUACUUCGCCUACGGCAGCAACCUGCUGACCGAGCGGAUCCACCUCCAAAACCCCUCGGCGGUGUUCUUCUGCGUGGCCCGCCUUCAGGAUUUUAAGCUUGACUUUGGCAAUUUCCAAGGCAAAACAAGUAAAAUUUGGCACGGAGGUAUAGCCACCAUUUUUCAAAGCCCUGGCGAUGAAGUAUGGGGAGUAGUGUGGAAAAUGAACAAAAGCAAUAUGAGUUCUCUGGAUAAGCAAGAAGAAGCGUAUGAUCCAAUAGAAAUUAAUGUUUACACUCAAGAAGGAAAAGAAAUAACCUGUCGAAGUUAUCAGAUGAGAAAUUAUGAGAGCGCUCUUCCCUCGCCCCAGUAUAAAAAGGUCAUUUGCAUGGGUGCCAAAGAGAAUGGUUUGCCACUAGAGUACCAAAAGAAGUUAAAUGCGAUAGAACCAAAUGACUACAAAGGUCGGGUCUCAGACGACAUUGAAGACAUUAUCAAAAAGGGGGAGAUAAAAACUCAUUAGCACAUAAUAGAGUAUACCUAUGGAUAUUUUUCUCUACGUGCUCAUUUGAUAUAUUUUUAACAUUUAGAACAGGGAUUUGGGAUAUCUCUACAUCUAAUGUAUUUUCAACAACACUCUGAAGGGAUAUCUCGCUUGAGUGAUUCCUUGUUUUCAGGCUGUGGGAAGAGGCUGGGUUGGGAGUUGGGCAGUUGCCAAGGGGACUGGGAAGCCCUGGAAUGCAGGAUAAAUGAACAUGGGUACUACUUCUGGGAACACUUUUCUGUGCUCGAGCUGAUCUGAAGUGUAUUCUUGCUCUGUGACUAAGUAUAGAUUUGCAACUUCGUAACAGUGCUGGUGAAUCGCUCUGCUCUGGAAUUUUUUUCUCAUCACUGUAAUAAGAGUAAGCAAACAGCAGAGACUGUUGGUAAUAAAAUUUUUUAAAUUUAAAAGCUGGUAUAUUCUUCUUUGAGGAACAUGUGUGUUUGUGGUUUAACCUAUAU